AUGCACGAAAUUGAUAAGAUUCAUCCAAUCAAGAGGUCAAAAAAACAUGACGAUGUAGCAAAAAAGCCCAAUAGGCAUGAUUCAGCUGGAGCUUCUUGCCCUGAGAAUCCUGAACGCGGUCUGAAGCAUACGGGGACCUGGCUCAAGCGCGAGCUCAAUAAUCUUGGAAAUUCAAAAAAGAUAUUUGGCAGGGCUCCCUGGCGCCAUAAAGAGUCGUUGGAUAGCACGAGCACCGUAUCAAGCUCAGUGAGGGAUGUGUUGAGGGGUGCAACACCACCAACAACGCCAACAAACAUGAAGAACCAGCGCAAGAUAGAUGCGCAGUUUCCCGGUGGUGAGGCUAUUCGCAUCAACACGCCGCCGCUGGAUGAAGACACAGCGGAUGGACGGCCCCGGGGAUUCUUCACAUCAACGACUCCUCCGGGAGAUGGUUCGCGUAGCCAGCCGAGUACGCCAACGGCAAGGUGCCCCAUGCCACGGUACAAUAUCCACAGGAGCAGCGUCGUUGGACAAUCACGAGAGUGGUGGGAGCAGAUGCCGCAUCUUCAGCGUCGGCACAACUCCAUCAUUCAAGGAUCACCACGGUUCGAAUUUGAUAUCCCAGAACAUCUUGCAAGCAGCCCGCUGUGCCCAGCAAAUGCAAAACACAAGAAUGGAGGUGUUGGCCUGUGCGUGUACCACGGCCGACGGCGCGCAACAGAACUGCUUCGCGAAGAGUAUCUGGAGGCGCUGAAUCGAAAUGGAAGGGAAUUGAUGUGA